GAGCUUCACUAGUAAGGCAAAGCAUUCAGCAAACUCCAUCCAAAAAAUUGCUCACAUGGGAAGUUUGAUGAUGAAGCUGGUAUUGUUGAUGUUGGUUAUUUGUGGAUCAAUCUCAUGUUCUCUUGGAGUUGAACCACUUCAAAUCUUGGCUUCACAAAAGGGAGGAAAAAAGAAAACCGGCUGUCAACUUGCUGGAAAAGCAGCAAAUCCCAGUGAACAUGUGAAGAAAAACCAUGAGAAUAUGAUCGGAAAGCUGAAGGAAUAUGGUGAAAAUCUGCAACCUGCCGCAGACUGCAAGCUAAAUAUUGAUGGCAAUUUCAGAUGCAACAAUAAAUUUAGAAUGCGGAGGCUCCUACAAACGGCACUUAGGCCUUCCCCUGGUAGUGUCAGUAAUACUGGUACACAUGGUUGAUUAUGCAAUUGAUUAUGCAACAGGAACAAAGGUAGCCUAGUACUUUCGUAUUCCAUUUUCAAACUCUCCCUGUGAUCUAUUUAUUUAUGUUUUAAGUUCAUAGUAAAUUAGUUUUAAAUAAGAAUUGUUCUAUUACAUUAUAUGUUGUAAUCUCGUGUCUUUAUCUCUACUAGAAGAUUUUGGCACAUGUUUGAUGUAAUUUUUUUUUUUUUUUGAAAUGGGGAUAUUGAAGAUUGAGAGAGUAGAACCUGAAAUCUUUUAGAUUUACACAAAUGU